CGAGCCGGAGCCGGAGCCCGAGCCCGGGCCUCGGAGCGAGGAGGCGGAGGGCCGAAGAAGGCGAAGGACCGGAGUAGCGGCCGCGCUCGGGCUCCCGCGGUGCGUGUGUCCUCCUGGCGGAUCCCGCCUAAAUGUUGAAACUGUUUCCUGUGAAGCAUAAGAUUUCCUGAUUGUGGAAGAACCCCCUAAGCACCAUUAACUGUAAAGUGAGGAAAAGUAUGAAAGAACCAUCAGGUUGAGUCUGCAAUUUGAAGACUGCCAUAUCCACCAGAACACCCAGGAUGGAUCUGCACCAAAGCACCACCAUCAUGUUCCUUGAGAAAUGGUGUUCAGAUAAGUCAUCAUCUGGCUGCAGGAGACAUUAUAAUGUCAGAAAAAAACUGAAGUUAAUUCGAAUCUUAGGCCUUUUCAUGGGCCUAGUAGCCAUUAGCACUGUCCCAUUUUCAAUCAGUGCCUUUUCUGAGACAGAGACACAGAGCACAGGAGAGGCCAGUAGUGCAAGUGGGCCCAGGGUAGCACACAGUUACCAUCAAAGAACUCUCUUAGAUUUAAAUGACAAGAUUCAAGAUUAUACUCCACAGCCACCUCUUUCUCAGGAAGGCAAAUCUGAGAAUAGUACAGAUCAUGCCCAAGGAGACUACCCAAGAGACAUCUUCUCUCUCGAGCAGCGAAGAAAAGGUGCCAUCAUUCUCCAUGUCAUUGGAAUGAUCUACAUGUUCAUAGCCUUAGCUAUUGUCUGCGAUGAGUUCUUUGUUCCUUCUUUGACUGUCAUCACUGAAAAACUGGGCAUCUCUGAUGAUGUGGCUGGAGCCACCUUUAUGGCUGCUGGGGGCUCAGCCCCAGAACUUUUCACGUCUCUCAUAGGGGUAUUUAUUGCUCAUAGCAAUGUUGGCAUUGGUACAAUCGUGGGCUCAGCGGUGUUCAAUAUCCUCUUUGUCAUUGGCAUGUGUGCUCUGUUUUCCAGAGAAAUCUUAAACCUGACGUGGUGGCCACUCUUUCGGGAUGUGUCCUUCUACAUCAUUGACUUGAUCAUGCUGAUCAUAUUUUUCCUGGAUAAUUUUAUCAUGUGGUGGGAAAGCUUGCUUCUCUUAACAGCUUACUUUGGCUAUGUGGUUUUCAUGAAAUUCAACGUCCAAGUAGAAAGAUGGGUGAAGCAAAUGAUAAAUCGCAACAAAGUCGUCAAGGUGACAGCACCAGAGGCCCAAGCAAAGGUUGGUGGUGGUGGUUGUUUAUGUAAUGUUCUUCUUGACCAUAGUUUGAAUUAA